GUGUGCAUGUGUGGGGAUGAGCGGAGUGAACAAUUUAGUGUUACUUGUUAGCUGGCUGUCAGUGUCCAUGGUGUCAGGGUGUGGAUGAACAGGUGUAGUUUAUGAAAGUUAUUGUAGUCUGCAUCUCUGUCGGGGUCAGCCACUGUUACUUGCCCUAAUCUCGACUCUCUGAGCGCCUCUAGCUCUGACGACCGCGAUGCUUCGGAGUCAUCGUCAACAGUGCACUUGCCGUUUGCAGUAGGUUAUUGACUGAGCAACGUCAAACUGGGAGGGCACAUUAAUUGUUUGGACACUAAUCUACCUGAAAGAGUACUAGUCGCUGGGAACGGCUGGCCGCUCAGGCAAGUAAAGCGCAGCGCUAGGGGACGGCGUGACCGCUACGCGCUACGAUGGGCACAUCUCCGUCGCAGCAGCGGGCAAGAUCAGCGGCUCCCACCGUGGGAACGGGGUCGAGUUCCCUGGUGCACGAGGUGGAGGAGAUGGUCAUGGCAGUGUGCUUGUGGCCAGAGAGACUCAACAGUGUUGAGGAGAUUUGGAUAUCGGCGGACAAAUACGAAGUCAAGGCGUUCGCUGCCAAUGGUCGCGGUCAAGCACGCCACCUGCAACGUUGGCAACACGGUGCAAAGCAUGGAAGAUGCGCAGUGAACGCGAUGACUCUCGUGGACAAUGGCAGCCUUCUGGUUACAUCUGGUCGGCAUCCAGACAUUCACGUCUGGGAGACCAAGCACAUAAGCAAGGGCACAGGCGACGGUUCAGAUUCACCUCCGCUCGGCAUGUGUGCGCUGGAAGGUGGUCACGAUCUCUCCGCAGUUGCCUUGGCAGCGCCGAGCGGCCAAUUCGGAAAUCUGCAAGACUUAGUAUCCGGAGCGAGGGACACUGUUCUCCUUCACUGGGACAUCAGCAGGAACCACGUGGUCUCCACUAACCGGAGGUCUCGCAAUGUGAUAAAUCACCUGUGUUGGAAUCCGGCCGACGCACAUCAGUUUGCACAGACAGCCGAGGACAAAGUACUCAAGCUGUGGGAUACGCGCAGUUUCAAAGUAACCACUCAAUUUCCAGAGCAGGCACACAUCACAGUGAGUCCAUAGAGCUGUUCUAUUUUGUUUUUACUCUUUAUCUUAAGCGAAGGUCCCUGGUUUCAGUCCUGGCCGUAACAGUCACUUUUUCUUCAGACUUUUUCCCGUUUGCGUCUUUCCCCAAACCAGUGAAUCUUCACCUUUAAAAAAAAUAUUUUUUUUACGAAUGACCCAAUCCCUACGGUCAGACAGAUAGAGAAAAAAGCACAAGGACAGAUAAGAAAGGACAAUGCCGACUGGCUAUCUGUAGGGACUGCUUAACUAGCAGCAGUGUAGGAGGGGCGGAGUGAGCUGUUUUCUGUCGGAUUUUAAAAGUGGCCAGGUUGGACAUGGCAUGUGUGAAGAACGUAAUAACGAAAUAUGUGGUUGGUGUCCCAGCCACAA